AUGCCAACUUCAUCUACACCACCAAAAGGGUCAAAGGGAUUUGCCAAUUCCAUGCUUAAAACCUUGGGACUUCCCGCUUUUAAGCUUCCGUCUAGAAACUGGAUGCUUUUCUGGACAGUUUUGACAGCAUCCUUAUCUGGCGUAGCAUACGACAAAUAUGAGCAACGAAAGAUUAUAGACUAUUAUACAGGGAAGGUUAAACCAUUGUCUCAGAAACCAUUAGACACCAACAAACUACCAAGGAAAAUCACCGUCUUCAUUGCACCUCCACCUAAUGAUUAUUUGGAUUCCUCAAUGAAAAUCUGGAGGCGCUAUGUCAAGCCCAUCCUUCACUACUCUGGGGUGGACUAUGAACUUAUUGAAGAAGAAAACCAAGGUGUCAUUAGGACUACAGUUGCAAAUCAUCUGCGAGCUCUCAGAAAGGAACUACAGUCAAGCAAUAAUGAGGAAGAUACUAUUUUAUUUGAUGAGAAGUCUGCUCAACCAGUUAGUACUGAUAAUGGACAAGAAUUUAAGAGACGAUUCGACUACAGAGACGUGAUGGGCAUUUUUCAUACACACCAAAAGCCAAAAGAGAUAAUAAGUGAAGAUUCUUCAAUUUCUGAUUCAAAAUUAAGUGGAGGAGUAAUAUGUUUGGGGAGGGGAGCAUAUAAAGAAUAUAUCACUGGUUUACAUGAGGGACUUCUGGGACCUCUUGAAGCGCCUGUUGAAGAACAACUUAGUUCUACUGUGAUGGAAGGUACAGCGCUAACUGGGCCACUCAGAUCCUCGAAUGAUCAAGAAAAUAUUUUGGAAGCUGAUACUUUGACAAUUGCGGAUAGCGCUGUUGAUAAUAUGACAGCUGAAGACAAACUUGUUGGUACUAACAUUUCCGGCGAAGCCACGAUAAAAGAGGAAGUCGAUGAAAAGACAGCGGAACAGAAUUCUAAGGUGCUAAAACCAUUUAUAUCCCCAUCAGAAUAUGGCGCAGCCGAAUUCCCCUUUCCUGAAUUAGAAAUGCACAACACUAAUAUUAGAGAGACAAAAAAUGCAGUUCCAAUUCUUCUACAUCAACCGGUCCUUAUGAUUCCGACUCCCAACCUACUAGGUUUUCUCACAAUCCCCCAGAGGAUCAUAAGAUUCUACGAGAGAAGAAAAUACUGCGCCUUUGUAUGCUCACAGACAUACGGAAUGGUAAAGCAAGAUACCAUCAGACCGUUUGCCGAUCCACAAGAUCUAGACCUGGGCAAGGAAGAAGAGGAAGACUGGCCACGCACGUGGGUUAAACAAGGCCUUGAGAGGAAAAGCGAAUGGACGAGAGAACUUCAGUCAGAUAAACGUGUUACAAAAUUCAUGUACAUUUAUGAUAGAAAAGAUAACGAGUAUGAUAACAGCAAAUAA